GUGUAAACAUUGUGGUUACCCCCGACGCGAUUUGUGAAUGGAUUAUUCAUGUAACCUCAAAUUUUCACUGCAAAAGAAACAAACGGCUGCAAAAUGUCAGACUGGGAAUUUAUAUUUGACGGAGUAUUUGGAUUUCUUACAUCACCACUAUGGGAGGUUCCAAUAAUGUCCUUUAUCGAAACUCAGUCUAUUGUAUUUGAGCCAUCCGAGGAAAACAAUGAAUCAUGGGUAGAAAUUCAUGGAAAGUAUAAAUCGCUGGUGGAGUCUUUGUUAUCAAGUUAUUUGAAUGAUGUUGGAAUUACAGAGCAACAGUUCACCAAGGCUUGUGGCUCACCAUCUGCACAAGACAAUCCAGCAAUGCAGGCAAUAUAUGAGCAACUUUAUGCUGCAGAAAGUUAUGAAACUUUUAAAAGAAUGAUGAUACAACGAAAUGUUGAAUUGCAAUUACAAGCUUUAGAGUUGAUCAAGAAAAGACAAGGGAUUGCAAAGAAAAAAUCCAAAAAUGCUACCAAGCCUCAUCAGCCUAUAUCACAAAGUGAGGAGGAGAUCCUAGCUGAAGUGAUGCGUAGAUCAGAAGAAGAAUACAAAGAGGCUCAAAAGAAAAACAAGGCUGAAGAUGAUGUGUACAACAAAUCAAUGGAAGAAAUGAUAUCACAAUCUCACGAUGUUAAUGAAAGAUUAGAGCAAGAGGUGUUGGAGAAACAAGAAGAAACCAAACAAAGUGUCAGUCAAUCUAUUAAUGGAUUGGAGGAACCUCCAGUUCCAGUGAUGGCAUCCCAGCUUGGUGACCAUUUGCAGGACUACGAGCCUGCUCCAACAAACUCCCAGGCCGUAAAAAAGCGCGAACCACCAAAGGCUAAGCAAGCUGAAAAACCGAAGCUUGCACCAUUAAAAAACGAACCUUCUAAAUCAGUGACAAAAGAAGGAAGCAAAGAUAUGCCCAAAAAGCUUUAUCCCGAUUUGAAAGAGAAAGCAAGCACGGAUGCAGCGGCAAACUGGAUUUCAGAUGCGAAGCGAGAAAAUGCGUCCAGUUCUCCACCGAAACCAAUGGCACAAGCAACAGAAGAAGAUUUGAAGAAACGAGCAGAGUACUUGAAACAGCAACGAGACAAACUGCUUGCUAUGAAAAAACAGGAGCGCGAAAAACAACUUUCCGAAUACACAAAAUCGCAACCCAAGCGACCAUCAUCGGCAAGAGUAGCCAAACAAGCGGUGACAGGAGAAAUAGCGGCGCCUGCUCCGUCGGCUGAAGAUCAAAAGCGCAUGGCGAUGAGAAAAGCACUUGCUGAAAAGUUGAAGAAAGAAGUGGUGUAUAAAUAAAGAGAAGUUAGCAGACAUAUGACGUCGAGUAAACGAAACAUUCGCUUGCUUGUGAAUAAUAUACAAUCUAAAAAAGUGACAAAAAAUUAGGAAAAAUAUAAAUAUAGAAAUUUAUUGUAGGAUAUGGCACACCUAGUUUGCUCAGUGUACACAUUGCACCAAUAUUUUAAAGGGAAAUUUUAGUUAGUUUAAUUUACUUCAGUAACAACUCUAAAUCUACCAUUUUAACCCCUCGACUUACUUUUUAAAAAUUUACGGACCAACACUCUAACACAAAUUCCUUCCGCCCGCCCGCCAGCCAUCGUGCGAAAAAGUGAGGCUAAUAAAAGCAUAGCGUUAAAUUAUUCAUUAACUACAUCUAUGUGUCACUUUAUUAGAAUCACCAAACUUGAAAAAUCUUAGAAGUUUGUAAUUAUAAAAAACAGUAAAAUAAUUUAUUUUUCAAUCUGUAAAUUUUCGUCAUUGGGUGAUGACAUGAUGACCAUUUGUUCCCUUAUGUUUUUUGUGUAAAUAGGAUUCCAUGUUUUACUUCUAUGGUUCAUGUGUCAUUUUUUGACUUGUAUUCCACUCGAAGUGGCCAUCCUGGGUUUGUUUAGAAAAUCAACAGGGUUCCACAAUUCUUUAAAACACCUCCAAUCUCGUCUAAAAUUAGACAUUAUAACAAUUUUCUUCUCAAAUAUCUAAAAAUUUAUUCUUUACACAGGUCAUUACAUUAAAACCUCCUCACAUGUUCUCAAUUUCUGUGAAAAAAAAUAUGGAAAUGUUCUCAAAUGUUCUUAAUUUUGUUUUUGUAAAAAUACCGUCAUCUUCUCUAAAAAAGGCUAAAAAUUCUCGUCAAAACUCCUCAAAUUUCAAAUUUGAAUCUAUAAAAGGUGGAAACUCUGAGCCUUCUAUAAAACCACCACCCAUGGAAGUUCACCAUACCAAUGUAAAGUUUAAGACGAAAAUAAAACGAAAAAUUAGUAUAUCAGCAUAGCGUGACAAAAACGUGUGUUUUUAUUUAUUUCAUAAUUUUUAUCUUAAUUUCAGAAUGUUUGUUAUAUUAGACGAGGUAAAAUUACUGUGUUUUAUUUGGAUAUAAAUUUUUGUCGCUUUAGUAAUUUUUUAUGUAUUUUCAGUGAGUAAAAUAUUUAAAAAAAUAUUUAGUCCGGUUGCUAAGAUACGAAUGUGAAUAGAUUAAAGAAAGCUGUGAUGACUGAAUCGAGUCUUGGUGAAUGAAUUUGUCUUACCUUACUUUUGCCAAUUAUUUUAACCUAUUAAAUUAUUUUAAAAAUAGUCGAAGUUUUUACUUUUUGCUUGAAUGUUGUGUAAAUAGAAGAUUUUUAUGAAUUUCAUUGUACAUUCAUUUUAUUCAAUAAAAACAGAAAUAAU